AUGAACAAAGAAAACUCAGAAAAGCUAAUCAGCAUAAUAAAUUUGCUAGAUAAAAUAUCCGAGCGAAAUGAUGCCAAGAACCCCGGGUAUGAUAAACUUAAAAGCUUUUUUUCAAGCGAGCUGUCAAAGACAUUCGACAGUCUGGACAAUGAGAAGUCCAUUUUCCCGUUGCACCGCGAAAAUGAUACGCGCGAUUUUAGUGCCAACCAAAUAAAUGACAAAAUUAAAAAGACGAAAAGUUUUUUCUACUUCAAUAAGUCAUGCUCGGGGGAAGGGGACGAGUCCGCGUGCGGCGACGCUCCUCAAAGUGGGGGGCAAAUGGAACGGCAAACUGAGCAUCAGGCCGAACCGCUAAACGAACCGCUAAGCGAACAGCUGGGAGGACCCCAAAAAGGCGCACAUGCGCGAGAGCAGCGGCCCCGCAAGGAAAACUCAACCAAACGAGCAAAUAACAAGUGUGCACAUUUUCAAGAUACUCACUGGGAAGGGAACAAAUCGCCAAGCAUAACAGAGACAACUGAUUGUGUGAAAGGAACCAAUCAGGGAGCCAAAAUAAACACAACCUCCUCAUUCGAAAGUGAAGGUUUUUCCUCUGCUAAAAGGUAUACAGGUAGUUUCCACUUUAAAAGAAAGUCGCAACGCGAACAAAGAGGCUACUUCAGUGACACUGAAUUGUUGGCGUAUAAUAACUCGAGUAGGAAAAAAAAAAAUUUGCUAGAAAUGUUAAAGAGGAAGCAGGUCACGAAGUAUAAGGAGAAGUUGGGCGCGGACUCUGUGGACAAUUCGGCGUUCAUUGCUCCAUCGAGGAAGUAUGGACAUGUUCGCGGGGAGGAUGAGGCAGGUGAAUACCUAGACCACAAGGGCCUCGGGCAGCUGCUGGAAAAAAUCAUAGACCAUUUGAACGUCAACCUGAAGGAGGCGAUGAACAGAUACGUGAAGGAGAUACACAAACUGAACAAGGCGAACGACGCGCUAAGCAGAAAUCUCGAAACUGCCGUUGAGAACAACGACGAACAGGCCCAAGAAAUAAGAGACCUGAACAAACGGAUAAGUCAAAUAGAGGAGGAGAAAACCGAAAUGAACAAGCGCAUUGAGAGUUACGAAUUUACAAUGCAUAAGACAAAGAAAUUAAAAAAUGAGGAACAAGACGACGAUGAAGCAAAAGGUGCCCUGGAACUGGAAAUAAAAAACCUCAAGAGGGAAUUAAACCUGGCCAAUUCACUGAACGAUAAAAUAAACGAUGAGAAGAUGUCGCUCCAGGAAAGAAUAAAAAAUAAAGCGGAUAAGCUUAGGAGAGAAAAGGACAAACUAAAAACAGCCAAUGACUUGAUUUUAGAAAAGAGCGACUUACUCGUGCAGCUGCAGACGCCCCCCACGUUCGAUGCACCCUCCCCAAAGGUAGCACCAAAAAGAAGGUGCAUAUACCGAAGUGACACCAUUUUGGAAAACUACGAGAGAGUAAAAAGCAAGCUGCUCGAAAGUAACGAGAAAUGCUAUUUUUUAUCCAAAACGAAUCUUAAAUUAUUUAAAGGAUUAAAAAGGAAAAGGAAGAAAAUUGACACGCUAAAUAAGCAGACGUCUUACCUGAAAUGUUUCAUAAAAGGAAAGGAGAAAACGGAUCGGGGCAAUGAAUAUCAUUUAAAAUUAAAGCAGGAAAAAAGUACCCACACGUACGAUCUCCUGGGAAGCAACACAAGUCACGCCCCAUUAGCAGAGGAAUACAAACCUGCACAAACAGGUGAAAAUAAUUCGUUCGCCAAAAUGUAUGACCACGCACAAGGGGGGGAAAUUCAAGGCCUCCAAAAAAUUAUCCUCAAUUUAACCAAUGAUCACAAAUUGUUGAAGAAAAAAUACGAAUUGUUAUACAAAAAAUAUGCGCGACUGCUAGGGAAGAAGGAGACGAACAAAAGCAACGAUUUUGCCUUUAAACAGCAGAAGGGGGAGGAAAAUGUGCCAACGGAGAGCGACGUGAUUCACUCGUUUUACGUGAAAGGGGGGCAAAACAGGUUGGGCAGACACUUCCAGAGGGGCAGCAGUUUGAGGAGAUCCCCCCAGCGGGGCAGCAGUUUGAGGCGACCCCCCCAGCGGGGCAGCAGUUUGAGGAAACCCCUCCAGCGGGGGGACAAUUUAAAAAAUUACAUAAAAGCGAAGGUCAUACAUCGGAAGAACCUCCACGUUCGCAAGUUUAGAAACUACACGGGUAAAAAAAAGAAAGAAAAGAAAAGAAAUACAUACGUAGUACGUACAUGUGCGCCACAUUUCUACGUAGCUAUGUGGUCACGGCAAACCUGGUGUAAUACUCACCCCUGCGUAUGUGCACCCCUACGUUGUGCGCACCUGUCCCAUCUUUCUUAA